AUGUAUGACGACGUGACGACCAUCCGACCCCCGACGAUGAACAUGAAGAUGAAGAUGAACGUUGGCGAGCGACAAAGUUUUGGAUUUCGUCAAGCAGGUGUCCGCAUCAGUCGGCUGUUCUGGCUCGGACCCCAUUACUUCACCCCAAUGCAAGGUCAUUUGGAGAGCCUGGGGCCGGCUGAUGUGCGGCACUCUGGCUUCGACUGGCUGUUCGAUCGACUUUACGACUGGCGUGCUAGCUCCCCGUGCGGACCUCCUACGAUAUCUCUCCUCUUGACCUCAAGAGCCUUGAAGACAACGAGAAGACAGACGAACAGUGGAACGAUCUGCUGUGCUCCCCCCUUGAGCGCUCUCCCAAGACAUCCGCGAGGAGCAACAGUCGCUCGGCUUCAAAGCCAGCUUCUUGCCCUUUCAAGGAUGCUUGUGGAGUCGUCGUCGUCCGAUUUGAAGCCCUCAAGCGGCGAUCUACCCUAUCGAGUGUUUCAGGAUCGACUGGUGCAGCUCUGA